AUGGCGGUAUCUCUCACCACUUUCUCUGGUCCAAGAACAGAAAUGAGCAUCCUGGAAACCAACCAGUACUUGCGCUCCCAGCUGGAAAAAAGCAAACAGGACUUUCAAGACCUCACAGAGAAAUUCCUCAUGUCCCAAGCUACUGCCUACUCCCUGGCCAACCAGCUGCAGAAAUACAAGUGUGAAGAGUACAAAGACCUCAUUGAAUCUGUGCUGGAGGAGGAAGUGCUGUUUGAGGAGGGGGAGCUGGCAGAGAAGAUGAGACUGGCUGCAAGGCUUGGGAGAUAUGAUCCCCUAAUUCAGGCUCAGGCCCGAGAACUGACCCACUUACGACAGAAGCUACAGGAAGGGAAAGGUGUCUGUUAUUUUUUCAUGCAGCAUGCAAAGAACACAGUCAAGUGUUUUGAGAGUCUCCUCAGGAGCACUGACGUUACCUACUACCAGAGACAGAGGUUCUGUGAGCUACUGGCCCAAGGAAGCCAGCUGGCAGAGAGACUUGCCAUCAAACUCACCACUGGAAAUCAUCAUGAUAGGAAGGAUGAAGACGGACAGGAGCCGCUGGCACCCAGGCUCAGCAGGGGGCUCCAGGAGGAAGAAGCGAAUGAAGUCCUGGAGGACUCACUGGAUGAAAGGUAUCUGACUCAUUCCAGUCUCCACGACUCCCACCAGCCUCCCAGCAGCAAUGCCUUCGUGUGUGAUGUGCAGGAGGCGACCUCUGCUGUGGAUGUAGCCAGUAACAACUAAUGCUGGAACUAUGAAACGUUCUGUCUUAUUUCAACAAAGCAUAGUCACAAACAUUUCCCCAGUUGAUGAGAAAA